AUGCUUUCACUCUCCAUCAUCGCCCUCAUGGCCAGUGCCCUUGCCGGCACCGCAGCAGCCGCUCCAGCAGAGGCCAAGGCAGUGCCUGCCAAGGAGAUCACCGCUGGCAUCUCGUCCGCCCUUGCCACCAACGUCGAAUUCGAGGCUUGCAGGGCCAUCAACUUCAACGACUGCGGCAUCUUUCUUGCCGAGGAGUUUCAGUGCUACAACCUCGGCGGUACCAGCUGGGACAAGGUGCUCUCUUCCCUCCGAACACGGACCGCGGGCUUCUCGUGCUUCAUCUGGCGCACUACCACUUGUCAGGGUUCCCGGGGUGGACCGAUCAGGUCCGACAAUCCGCACGAGGACCUUCGCAUUUUUGGAUGGAACGAUGAUGUCAGUUCCUUCAUGUGUAUCCCCAGUUAG